AUCGCGGCCUUGGAUGGGCCGUCAGUCGGGCCAAGUUCCAGUAUUUGUUUCUUCUGUCUCAUUGUGCGGGGUGCCACCUUUUUUCUGCAUGUCGUGCAAAACAUUGCCCACUCAUCCAUAAUCCCAGAGCACAGCAUUCCAUAGCCUAACAUGGUCCCCAAAGCACCUUCUCGUGAGGCUUUGGCCCUUCUCAAGAACACAAUUCGACCAGCCGCAGCCAUCCGGUCGCAAGCACAGCGAUGUCUCCUCUCAUCCGCUUCUCGCCCUACAGCACUAUCGCAAUCACGAGCUGGGCACUUGCAUCAAGGGACGCGCAGCGCUGCUACCUUUACACAUUCACACCAUGCCGAGGCCGUCUCCGUCAUCCCUACAAACGUCGACACGAGCAAUGCCGACUUCAAAGAGAACAAGCGCCAAAUGGACGAAGCAACUGAGAGACUUGCCAAUCUCCACACCAAGAUCGCGCAGGGCGGCCCGCAAAAGGCGAGGGACAAGCACAUACAGCGAGGCAAGAUGUUGGUUAGGGACAGAAUCUCUGCCCUGAUUGACCCUGGCACACCUUUCCUCGAAUUGAGCCAGAUGGCAGGACACGACAUGUACGGCGAAGAUGACGUACCUGCAGGUGGCAUUGUCACGGGCAUUGGCAGCGUCAACGGCGUUCAAUGCAUGGUGGUUGCAAACGACGCCACAGUCAAAGGAGGCACAUACUACCCGAUUACUGUGAAGAAGCACCUGCGAGCGCAGACAAUUGCGCAAGAGAACCGCUUACCAUGCAUCUACCUGGUGGAUUCUGGAGGCGCCAAUCUUCCCAACCAAGCCGAUGUUUUCCCCGACGUGAAUCACUUUGGUCGCAUCUUCUACAAUCAGGCACGCAUGUCAAGUAUGGGCAUCCCGCAAAUCAGUGUGGUUAUGGGGCCAUGCACUGCAGGCGGCGCCUAUGUGCCUAGCAUGAGUGAUGAGAACAUUAUUGUAGAGAACCAAGGUCACAUCUUCCUCGCGGGACCACCUCUCGUCAAAGCAGCUACGGGUGAAGUCGUCUCAGCUGAGGAUCUCGGUGGAGGCAAGCUCCACAGUGAGGUUUCGGGUGUCACGGACUACCUAGCAGUUGACGACGCGCAUGCGCUGGUGCUGGCACGAAGAAGCAUUGGCAACCUCAACUGGCACCGUAACCAGACGGUUACUGCGCAGCCGAGCUUUCAGGAGCCUUUGUACGACCCCCAGGAGCUGUCUGGCAUUGUAGGUACCAACCUGCGCCGACAGAUCCCUAUCCACGAAGUGAUUGCACGCAUUGUCGACGGAUCGUCGUUUGACGAGUUCAAGCCACUGUACGGCUCAACGCUGGUAACUGGUUUCGCAAAGAUCUACGGACACGCAGUGGGCAUUGUUGCCAACAACGGUAUCCUCUUCAGCGAAAGCUCACUCAAGGGAGCACAUUUUGUUCAGCUAUGCGGCAAGCGCCACAUUCCACUCAUCUUCCUGCAAAACAUCUCUGGCUUCAUGGUCGGACAGGAUGCCGAAAAGGGCGGCAUCGCAAAGAACGGAGCCAAGCUUGUGACAGCGGUAAGCUGUGUUGACGUGCCCAAGUUCACGGUGGUAGUGGGAUCUAGUGCUGGAGCUGGAAACUACGGCAUGUGCGGUCGAGCAUACUCUCCCCGGCUCAUGUUCACCUGGCCGAAUGCCAAGACAUCGGUCAUGGGCGCAGAGCAGCUUUCGUCGGUCAUGGAGGCUGUUGGCAAGAAGGUGGAUCCUGCGCUCAAGGCACGAAUCGAACACGAAAGUGAAGCAACGUUUGGAUCGGCCAGGCUAUGGGACGAUGGCAUCAUACCGCCGGAGCACACCCGGCGGGUACUCGGCAUGGGAUUGCAAAUGGCAUGUGGUGGGCAGAACCAGGGCGUCGACAAGGAGAGCACAUGGGGCGUACGUCAUUCUAUCAAUGAUGUUUCCAGCAAGGUCGCCAAGCAGCUUGUCGCUCAAUAUGCGACAAUUGACGACAAGGGCAUCCAUGUGCUUGGAGGCUACCCAGGUAUCUUGUACCCACCAUACUACUGGUGGCAGGCAGGCGCCAUGUUUGGCACGUUGCUAGACUACUGGCACUACACUGGGGAUGACCAGUACAACGAAAUGAUUCGUGAAGGUUUGAUACACCAGUUUGGAGAGCACCUUGAUCUGAUGCCUUCGAACCAGUCCAAGAACGAAGGAAAUGACGAUCAAGUGUUUUGGGCCUUUUCCAUGAUGGCCGCAGCAGAAUAUAAGCUCCAGGAUCCCCCAGACGAUCAGCCUGGCUGGCUCGCCAUCACUCAAUCCGUCUUCAACCAGUUCGUAGGUCGUUACCAGAAGGAGGUUGCCGACGGGAAUUGCGGCGGUGGCAUGCGCUGGCAGAUUUACCCAUGGCUCAACGGUUGGACGUACAAGAAUACUGCGUCAAACGGUGGUCUUUUCCAUCUCGGCGCACGACUAGCCAUGUACACCGGUAAUGAUACAUAUGCCGUAUGGGCGGAAAAAGUCUUCGACUGGAUGUCAAACAGCCCAAUCUUACCUGGCGACGGCCAAGUCUACGACGGCACAAGCAUGAAUACAAAUCCUCCCUGCAAAGAAGCAGACCGGACCCCAUGGACCUACAACUACGGCAUCAUGAUAGCCGGCGCCGCAUACAUGUACAACUACACCAACGGCGCCGAAAAAUGGAAAACCGCCCUCUCCCAAUUCCUCAACAAAUCCGAAAUCUUCUUCCCCGAGGACAAAGGCGGCGUCAUGAUUGAAGUCUGCGAAGCAAAACAAGUCUGCGACGCGGACCAGGAAUCCUUCAAAGCCUAUCUCGCCCGCUGGCUCGGCAUCACCCUCCAAGUGGCCCCCGAAUUCGCCCCGACCAUCAUGCCACGCCUCCAGAAAUCCGCAGUCGGCGCCGCGCAGACGUGCGAAGGGCCAUCGCAGAACAACGGCGGUGAUCACCAGUGCGGAAUGAGGUGGUAUAAUCAGGGCUUUGAUGGCAUAGGCGGUGUGGGUCCGCAAAUGACGGCCCUCAAUGUUAUUAGCGUGUUGAAUGCGCAGCGUGUCGCCCCGCCAUACAAACAUUCGACCGGAGGGACGAGUAAAGGAGAUCCCGGUUUGGGGUCUGGAAAUGAUGAUGAUAGGCUGCCCAAGUAUCAGUCGGAUAUCACGACAGCGGAUAAGGCGGGGGCGGCGAUUUUGACCAUCUUGGUGGCAGUCGGGUUUAUUGGAGGCUCAGUUUGGAUGAUAUACUGAUGGUUUGAGAGCCGGGAUUUGCACGUACCACUUCGUUGUUUUG